AUGUCUGAUUCUCAUCAGAGGAAUGCCUCUGCGUUCGCUGACUCUAAGAGUUUCAUGUCCACUAAGGAAUACCUUUUAGCCUCAGAGUUUUCCAAUUACUCUUGGAAAGUGAAGCGAGAAAUCAUUGAUCCCAUGCUACACCUGGAGGUUUCAAUGAAUGAUUCUCCUUCAUUUCAUCAUCAUGAUGAAAAUGAUCACCAUGAACAGCAGGUUGAAGAACCAUCAUCCCGAUUCGAUAUUCAUCAUCAAAAACGAGCAUGGUACUGGAAGGUGGCUGAUCCGAUUGAUCAACAACAACAACAGCAGAAACAACAACCAACUUCUCAUCACAGCGAAACUGCAGUACCAUCUCCCAAGUCUUUCUCGCCUCAUGGCCGCUCCACAACACCUCCACCUUCCAAUCCAUCUUCCUUCAUGAUGAAAAACAGAACCAGCGGAAGAAAAUCCAACACUUCCUUAAUUGAAUCACAUCAUCACCACACACAUCAUUUCAUAUCUUCCCAUUCGGUCCGAGAGGAUGAUGACGAUGAUGGUGAGGAAGAGACUCCUCAUCAGAAAACAACAAUCGAGCAACAAGAAAAGGCAUUAAAAGCCUUAGCCGACUAUCGUCUGCAGUUAUUGCAAACACGUCCCGUGUCGUAUCGAGAAUUCAUUCAAAAUUCCAUGAACACCCUACUCGAGCAAGUGCUCUCACUCUAUGACCUUCAGAAUUCUUAUGAUGCCACCUGUGCUUCAUUGUUGGGUGGUUCUCCACGAGAUUUGCUCGAACAGAUUCGCCAUCGAAUCGGCCUCUCAUUGGAAGAUGUUGAAACCGUGUUAGAUCUCUAUGAUCAAGCAAGAUAUUCGAAAGAGAAAGCAACCCGUUCCUCUCUCAUUAGCACACAAGUCUUCAAUGUCUUUUCCAAGAGUUUUCUCACAAUUUUGAGACAGAUUGAGCAAUACCAUGUCCAGAAUUCUCUCCUUUGA